AUGCCUAAGGAAACUGCCACCCGCCGCAAGACCGCCAAGAAGGACGGCGGCAAGAAGAAGAAGGACCCCAACGCCCCCAAGCGUGGUCUUUCCGCCUACAUGUUCUUCGCCAACGAGCAGCGCGAGAAGGUUCGCGAGGACAACCCCGGCAUCAAGUUCGGUAAGUCCAACAUCCCUUACAUGCAAACUAGUGUUGCUCAGAUGACUGACUGUAUCAACANNGGCGAUGUUGGCAAGAUCCUCGGUGAGAAGUGGAAGAGCCUCAACGAGAAGCAGAAGACUCCCUACGAGGCCAAGGCUGCCGCCGACAAGAAGCGUUACGAAGAGGAGAAGGCUGCCUACACUGCUGGUGGCGAUGCCGACGAGGAGGAGGACGAGGAGUAA